GUCGUAACUUCAUCGUUGAAGUCAAUCGCACCAGGUCUCAAGCAUGUCGAGACAAGCUCAAAAGCUGUUUAGAGUUGCCGCACGCUCACAGAAUUGGCAGCGCGGAGCAAGCAACAGCAUUAGGCCGUAUUCGUCCGACAACAGGGGAUCAGUGGCAGACCCCGGCUAUGGAACGCCAAAAAGCCCCGCCCCAACUUCUACCGCAAAACCCUCUGGAACCAGCGACCCUUUUCCGCUUCCCUUUGAUCCCCGGCUGCAAGGCCUGUCACUUGCGAGCGAGCACCAGUCCGAAGGACUCUCUGCGAAUGGCGUCGCCUUGAAUGGCGAGGAGCCCAUCCCACUUCGGGUGCCAGGCAGAGAGCUCGGCAUGGAGACGCGUGACGUAAAGGUAGCCAGGCUCAUCUACCAGGCAAGAAAGCGCGGCACGCUCGAGACAGAUCUUCUUCUGAGCACCUUUGCGAAAGAACAUCUUCGGUCUCUGUCUGACGGAGAAGUCGACGAAUUUGACCGGCUUCUCGAUGAGCCAGAUUGGGACAUCUUCUACUGGCUGACGCAGAGGAAGCCGGUUCCCAGGCGGUGGAAGGAAAGUUUCGAAACUGAAGGACGAUUAGGAUGGCGGCUUCGGGUCCACACAAGAAACGAGAAGAAGGAGACAAGAUCUAUGCCUUCCUUGUAG